AACUGGUACGGAGCAGAAUUGUUCCUCGCGAGGAUGGACAGCCCUCCCUUCGACCUAAGCCAAACGACUUUCCGGAGUGGGCAGCUAAGAACGAGGAUGAUAAUGUUGUUGAUGAGAGUGCCCAGUCAUUAUCCCUAGUGGCUCUUCGCUGA